GGGGGGGAUGGGUAUGGGCAUGGGCAUGGGGAGCAUGUACGGCGGCGGCAUGCAGGACCCGAACAACCCCAACAGCCUCACGCAGUCCUUCAGCCAGAGCACACAGGCGACGUUCCAGCUGAUUGAGAACAUUGUGGGUGCGUUUGGCGGGUUCGCGCAGAUGCUGCAGAGCACGUACAUGGCGACCCACUCGUCCUUUUUUGCAAUGGUAUCAGUCGCAGAGCAGUUCGGAAAUCUACGACAAACACUCGGCUCGGUUUUGGGCAUCUACACCGUUAUGCGAUGGAUACGAACGGCGGUCGCGAAACUCACAGGGCGCCCCCUACCAGCAAAUGCAACGGACCUUACACCCGCGAGCUUCGCCGCCUUCGCAGGACGUGCCUCUGACGGCUCACCAUCUAUCGCCAAACCGUCAAAGAAGCCGUUCAUCAUGUUCAUGCUAGCCGUCUUUGGCCUGCCAUACCUGAUGGGCAAGCUCAUAAAGACGCUCGCACGCUCCCAGGAAACCGAACAAAAGCGACUGAUGACUGAGAACCCGCAAGCAUACGGCGAACCCCUCGACCCAAACAAGCUCGAGUUCUGCCGUGCGCUGUACGACUUCACCCCAAAUUCAAACAUGCAGGGCAUGGAUCUCGCGGUCAAGAAGGGCGACAUGGUCGCUGUGUUGAGCAAGAGCGACCCCAUGGGCAAUGCGUCAGAAUGGUGGCGGUGCCGCUCAAGAGACGGCCGCAUGGGUCAUCUGCCAGGGAUCUACUUAGAAACCAUCCAAAGGAAGCAGCCUGCGCAGAUCACCAGUGGAAGCCAGAGCGGGAGUCCGGCGGGGAGCAGGACGCAGACGAUGACAAGCAGCAGUUUGGGCAGUCGGACAACAACGAUGACCACAAAGGCUGUUGAGCCAGCGCCUGGGCCGAAAGUCGAUAGCAAAGUGGGGGAUAUGGGAGUUGAGAGCUUUCAAAAGGGCGCGUUUUACUCGUAGUUUCUUGAGCAGGGGUUUUUGUACAUUCUUUCUCUUUUAUGGAUCACGUUAUUUCUUAUAAUUUCAGGCACACGGUGUGCUGGAUCUUCUAGAUCUGCAGACGGGUUGGGAAAAGAACUGGUUUCCUCUGGCGUUUGACUAUAGCGAGAUAUCAAUGACGUUGGGGUUCCCUGUCUUCUGCAAAUUUACGGCUCUACAAACUUAUAUUGGU